AUGUGCACAUAUUAUGAAAAAUUGGCUUCGCAGAGGGCGUACCCGUCAGUAUCUAAUGCAACUUCCAAAGUUGAUAUUCAUUUAGAGGAUAUUUCUCGCACUUUGCGCGAUCAAAUGGAUCAAGAGUUUUCACAGUCCAAUUUCACAGUGCAAACUUCACCAUCUUUAUCGAUGUGCGAAGUGCGACCAGAACAACUUGAAAAAACAAAGCCAGAAUACGAAGAAUCUAAGUCCUCGCACUCGGAUUCGAAUGAAGUGCAAAAAACCGGAUUUGAUUUGACGGACCCAGGAAAUUGGCCAUGGUUAGAAAAAAUUACUGACCAACAACGGUCUUUGUUUAGAAGUCAUUAA